AUUGCAAUAGCUUCAACAUCACUAUCCUGAGCUGCAUGUACAAAUUUUAAUAUUAUUUGAGUAGUUUUCACGAAAAUUACCGGCUAUACGGUAUAGUUUGUGAAUGAUUGCGCUUAGUCUGCAUAAUUAUUUGUUUUUUCCCCCACACUGCACACUGCACAUUGUACAUUUACAUUCUUAGUUAUACAUGAUUGUCAGAGUAUCUUAAAAUAGUCCAUUCCCCACCGUUCCAUUCCACCGAUUCAAGACCCCGCUGCAGUCCGUCCGUAUAUCCUAUUCUAAGUUAAUUCCCUUGACUGUGCAGACUAUAGUGGAGUGGACCCAGAUACUGUAUAGAUCAUGCCGUGUGUGUGUGUGUGUGUGUGUGCGUGCGUGCGUGCGUGUGUGUGUGCGUGCGUGUGUGUGUGUGUGUGUGCAUGUGUGUGUAUGUAUGUCUAUAGUAUAAUUAUGUGCAUGUAUUUGUGGCUUGUUUCCAAACCAAUUAGAGGGAUGUGGCGAAUCACACAAGGUCCAUCAUAUCACAUGCAUGUCAUAUCAUGCACCCCACAAAACAUGUGCUACUAAAAAUGGCCAGCAUAGAGUUGCCAGUAGCUGAGGAGUUGAGUUGUAGUGUGUGUCUGAGUGGUUUCAGAGAGCCCAAAGUGUUGCCGUGUUGCCACAGCUUCUGUCUCCAUUGUCUGGAGGGAGCUCACGAGAAGACUAAAGACCACCUCACUUGUCCUCAGUGCAGGGCACAGCAUCAAGUGCCCCCUAAUGGAGUGAAGGGGUUUCUGAAUGACUACACAUUAAUACCAAGCAAGGAGGACACACACACCCCGGCCACUUGUCAGCAGUGCGAGGAUAACAACAAUGCAGUGGCUUAUUGCAACACCUGCUCCCACAUCUGCAAUGAUUGUCUAGCAGCUCACAAACGAUACAAGACGUUUAGUUCGCACAAAAUUGUAAGUCAUGAACGUGGUAACGGGGAAAACGAAAUUAAGUUCCAACCAAAGAAGACCUACUAUUGUGCUAUCCACCCAGAGGAGAAUCUCAAGGUUUACUGCAAGUCAUGUCAAAUGUUGGAUUGUGUGCACUGUUUUGUGAAGAAACACUGUUAUGGUCAUGAUAUUGGGACUAUUGACAACGAAACAAGGAUGGAAGCGAAAAAUACCAUUUGUAAGCUAGCUGACUUCACGGAUUCCAAGUUGAAAGAAUUUGAAGCUAAUUUAAAAUACAUCUCAUUGGUUGAAAAGGACAAGGCGAAAAGGUGUGCUCCAUUAAAAAGUGAAAUCAAUAAGGAGAUUAAUGAACUCUUUGCCAAACUUGAAGAAACACGAAAACAGCUGCUUAAAGAUGUUGACGAUGCUUGUACGAAAGACCUCAAAGAAUUGUGGGCACAGAAAGAAUAUCACGAGACAGCCAUUACGAGCAUGGAGGGUGCUCUGAGCUUUGCCAGAAGAGCUUUAGCCUGCAAGGAAGACACGGAACUACUGGCCCUCUGUGCACAAGUCACCUCCAGACUGCAAGAGCUGAGUCAGCUAAAAUGGGACAUUCAAGAGACUGAGAAAAUUGAAAUAACUGCAGUGACAUAUACCCUUGAAGUAUCUGACAAUGUUAGUGUCGGGGAAGUUGAUGCUCGUAUAGAUGAACCAACUAUUGAAAUUGAACCUAUUGAUAUGCCGAGCACCUUUAAACCGUCAGAGACGGUAACAAUUAAAGUGAUGGCAGCCUUCGCCAAUAUUCUAAAUAUCAUGCCUAGAGAUCACCAUGAUCUGGAGCUCAGUGGAACAGUAUCAUAUAAUUUUCUCUAUGGCGGUAAAACCCCGUUCAAAGAGGUUGCCGUAGAAGCUGCUAAGAAUCAAAAUGAAUGGACAGUUAGUUUCAAACCUCCAGGUGGAACUACCAGCGUAACUUUAGACCUGGAAGCAAGUGGGCAGUAUGGACAACAAUUAGUAGAAGGCUCUGAGACUUUUUGUUUACGUAAACCUUGACCUUUAUAUUACGUAUAAUUGUACAUCACGUAUACGGCAUUGUAACCAUUAGUCAAAUGAAUCCACAGUGAUAUGCAAUGGCAGUAUUAUGAAUUAUAUACGUUAAUUAUGUCAACCAAU